AUGCGUUGGAACAAGCAGAAUUGGAAGAAGGAAAACGUGACAAUUGGUCGUUUAAAGAACAAGAAUUAUGGAAUUCAUUAUUUGUUAGACCUUCAGCUUAAUCAUAAAUCGUCAUCUCCUUUGCUGAUAACAACCAGCAAAAUGUCCACUGACGUCAUGCUUGAAUGCCAUAAAGAUAACUGA